AUGGGAUGUCAUGCGAUCGCUCGCUCAUGCCUGAGUGCCAACUCAAAGCAGCCACCAAGCAAAUUCCCCUCAUUUUUCGCCCCUAUGCAAGCUCAAAACUACGCGGUGUUCCAGCAUUUACUUGCGAUGACCCUUACAGUGGACACCCGUCUUCAUGCAUGCCUGCACCUUACCGCUUUAUAUAAUCCCGACGUUCAACUUCAAUCUCUGCAACAACAAGCACCAGUAAAAAUGUCUGCCAAAUCAAAGCCUUGUUUACUUGUUUUAAUCCUGUCUGCAGCGGCUCUGUUUGCCUGCUUAGCCACAAAGGAAUACGAAGAAGAAGAAGAAAAGCACAAUCCGUAUGUACUUGAAGAUCGACACUUCUCUACUGCAAUCAAGGCUGAGAAAGGAAGAGUUGAUAUUCUCACGAAAUUCACUGAAAACUCUGAUCUUCUUCGUACCAUUGAGAAUUACCGACUGGCUCUCCUUGUCGCCAAUCCGGGGGUGUUCGUAGUCCCGAAUCAUUUCGAUGCCGACGCUAUCUUUGUUGUCACUCAAGGACGUGGAAGAAUCACGUUGAUCCAUGAAGAUAAGAGACAGAGCUUCGACAUUGAAACUGGAGAUAUCAUCAGGGUUCGUGCCGGGACUCCUCUUUAUUUGGUCAACAGUGAUGACAUCGAGAAACUUUUCAUCGUCAAGUUAUUGCAACACGUCAAUCGUCCAGACCAUUAUGAUGUAUUUUACGGAGCUGAAGGUGCAAAACCAGAAUCAUUCAGCACUGAGAUCCUUGAAGCUACUCUCAAGACUUCAAGAGAGAAGCUGGAGAGUUUCUUCGAGAAACAAGGCAAAGACGCCUUCCUCGAAGCCUCGAAAGAACAAAUCGAGGCCAUGAGUAGCCGUGAGGAAGGUACCGGAGGAGGUGGUAUAUGGCCAUUUGGUACUCAAUCAAAGAAUCCAUUCAAUCUCUUCAGAAAGCACCGCCCUUCAAAGUCUAACAAAUACGGCCAGCUCUUUGAAGUUGAUGCGGACGAAUUCAAGCUACUUAAAGACUUCGAUCUCAGGGUCUCUUAUGCCAACAUCAGCAGAGGAUCCAUGACUGCUCCAUUUUACAACUCGAGGGCAAUCAAGAUAUCCAUUGUGGUGCAAGGCCAGGGCUACAUCGAAAUGGUAGCUUCGAAAGCAUCCCGUAAAUCCGGUUAUGAGAAGAGAAGCUCAAGUCUAAGGCCCGACACAGUUUUCGUUAUUCCCGCAGGGCAUCCUUUCGUGACUGUUGCUUCUAGACGUACGAACCUGGAGAUUCUAUGUUUUGAGGUCAACAUAGAAAACAAUGUUAGAUACCUUCCAGCAGGGGAGGGCAACUUUGCGCAGCGAUUCGAGAAGGAAGCCAAGGAGUUGGCAUUCAAGAGCAGGGAAGAUGUGGUGGAUUGGAUCUUUGGUAACCAAGACGAGGGGUUCUUUUUCCCUGGACCAAGGCAACAAAGGAGCCGAGACUAUGAAUAA